GAUUGCUGCUGUCUCUGCUGCUCCAGCCUCUCCAUCGAGGUCCUCUCCCCUCUCCCCUCUCAAGAUGGCAGCCAGCAGUUCUGAGGGCUCGGAGAUGAAGGGUAUAGAAGAGGGUCCCCAAACCCAAGGAGAAGGGCCUGGCCAUUCUGAAGGCGAAACUGGCCCUCUCCAGGCCCCAGCUGGGGUCCCAGAUGAGCCAGAGGCCCUGCAGCCAGGCCCAGACAUCACCGGGGCCCCUGUGGACUCAGAAGCCAAAGCUGGGCUGGCUCCAGAAACCACAGAGACCCCAGCUGGGGCCCCAGAAACAGCUCAGGCCAAAGACCUCAGCUCGAGCCCAGGAGGGGAGCCAAAUGCCAACCCCAGCCCCGAAGAAGCAUGCCAAGAGCCAGCACCCAAACCAGAAGGGAAUAAAGAGGUCACUGCAGACCAGGGGUCCGAUCUGGGGUCCGGAGCCCCACCUGAGCCAGCCUCGGAGCCUGCUCCCCAGUCGGACCCACAGUCAGACCUUCAGCCAGACUGCCAGCCAGGUUCCCAGCCCACCCCCAAGUCAGCUCUUCAGCCAGAGCCCCCUACCCAGGAGGACCCCACCCCUGAGGUCCUGACUGAGAACGUGGGGGAAAAACAGGAGAAUGGGGCAGUGGUUCCCCUGCAGGCUGGUGGUGGGGAAGAGGGCCCAGCCCCGCAGCCUCACUCGCCACCCUCAACCAAAACCCACCCAGCCAACGGGGCUCCUCCCCGAGUGCUACAGCAGCUGGUGGAGGAGGACCGACUAGGAAGGGCUCACAGUGGGCAUCCCGGAUCUCCCCGAGGUAGCCUGAGCCGCCACCCCAGCUCCCAGCUGGCAGGGUCUGGGGUGGAGGGGGGUGAAGGCACCCAGAAACCUCGGGACUACAUCAUCCUCGCCAUCUUGUCCUGCUUCUGCCCCAUGUGGCCUGUCAACAUCGUGGCCUUCGCUUAUGCUGUUAUGUCCCGGAACAGCCUGCAGCAGGGGGACGUGGAUGGGGCCCAGCGUCUGGGCCGCGUGGCCAAGCUCUUAAGCAUCGUGGCGCUGGUAGGGGGGGUCCUCAUCAUCAUCGCCUCCUGCGUCAUCAACUUAGGCGUGUAUAAGUGAGGGGCUCUGCCCGCAUUCCAAGACUUUUCUUCCUGUUGGGAGCUGUCUUGGGCCCAUCCUCCCCUGGG